UUCGAUGUAUAUAUUAUACAGUCAGCGUUUCGAUUCGGUUGUAUAUGGACAUGGAGUUAAGCAUUUCGUUCAUGAUAGACUCUUGUAUAUCCGGCCGUACUCUGUUGAAUAUGAAUUUCAUUGUGUCGGUGUUUUAAGUCAGAAAAGAAUGACCGAGCUCCAGUUCGUUUCGUAAUUCAGUUUAUAGGCAUUGGAGUUACUGUUCUUUUAUUUUGCUUUGUUUUUCUUUGGUCAAAAUCGUGAUAAUUUAACCAAAAUGUAUGUGUAACUAUAUGUUCGGACUGGUAAUAUUCAAAGUUGAAUGAAUUCAUAUUGCAUCUCUGUUGUCUUAACAAAAAAGAGUUUCAAGAAUCGGUUGGUCGUCAUAUUGUUUACUCAUCGAAUGUGUUAAAAUCGAGCAAGGUGUUCACCAAGUGCCUUUAUAACAAGCAUUUAAUUAUAGAGAAUAUUCUCAGAAGAAAACGCCAUCAAAAAUAACGAACAUAAAAACGAACUCUCAUCAAACCGUUUACGUAUACGUUCCUACGACAAUAUAUGCAACACAUGAUUUCCACGGAUAAAAAGAUAAACAAAAAUCGAUAAAAAACUUAAUCGUACAUAAGCUGGACACACAAAUAUCAAGAUACACAGAGAAUGUCUGGAUAUUUUGAAUAUCAAUGGAAUGGUCGACAUGACCGAAACUUUGGCGAUAUUUUAUCCGACAAAAAUUGCAAAACAUUCAACUACAAUGAGCCGAGCGAUCGCAGUAAGGCGCUGAUAGCAUUGAAGGAUAUGAUUGGUGCUAGUGUUGAUUUUGCACUAAAAGAUAAGUCUUGCGGCGAGGACGACGAGUUCUUGUUUCGAUUCUUGUUUGCCAAAAAGUUUAAAAUCGACGAGGCGUUCAAGUUGUUAAUAAACUACUUAGACUAUAAACAGCGGAAUGGGGAGAUUUUACAGAAAAUGUCUGCAUUAGACGAGCAAAUACAAAUGGCCCUAAGAGAUGGAUAUCCGGGAGUAUUACCCGAACGAGACAGACGUGGUCGAAAGGUUAUUGUGUUCUUCACUUCCAACUGGAAUCCGAAUUCAUAUUCGCUGGUAACAGUAUACAGAGCCAUGCUAUUGUCACUGGAAAAGUUGUUAGAAGACAAACAAAAUCAGGCCAACGGAUUUGUGGCCAUUGUUGACUGGACCAAUUUUUCGAUGAGACAGUCGACACACCUAAACCCAAAAAUCUUAAAGCAUUUUAUCGAAGGAUUGCAGGAUUGUUUCCCGAUCCGAUUCAAAGCCAUCCAUUUCGUUGGCCAGCCCUGGUACGUUGAAGCAGCCCUAGCCGUUAUCAAACCUUUUCUGAAGGAGAAAACACGCGAUCGGAUCAUUUUGCAUGGAAGCAACCUAUCCACGUUACAUGAUUGCAUUACGAAGGAUAUACUACCGACAGAGCUCGGCGGUGAAGGGAAAUCAAUCAAUCCAUUGGAUUGGGUGCACACGCUAUUGGAAAGCAGUCAGUCGAUGAACGAACAGCAAUCGUAUCGAUUGACUCAAUGUACCAUUUACUCGAAGCCACCGCAAGAUUACAUUAGGAAUACCACUUGUCUAUUGCAGCAAGACGAAUGGCACACGGCGACGUAACAGAGGUCCGUAUCGUCGGAGGGUGUGUUUUAAGAAUCUCUUACGAUGAACUAUUUAGAAAGUCGCAAAAGCUUUAAUCGAUUUAAGGAAAAAAGUUUUUAAUUUUUUCUACCAAAACCAAGACAAUAAUCGUGUGAUGGAAAAGAAAAUACAAAAUCUUUCUGCACAAUCUAACAACUAGACAUUAAGAUUCGAGUGCUUCCUCCCCAUGAAUGUUAUUUUCUUAUCAAGAAGAGGGGUUUGACGAUCAUGGAAAUUGUUUUUUUUAAGUGGAAUUUGAGAUCCAUUGUCUUCAUAGUUUUUAAAGUAACAAAAGGUGUGAUGCCGUCCUAAACAGUAACGUUAAGUUUUAGCUGACACACGCAAUUGACGAGACUUUCAAAUUUGUUAAUAAGUAAAGCUACAGAGAACAUUUAAGAACAAUAAAUUUUAAUAACAAGAUU